ACAUCAUCAACACCAACCCCACCAUCUUCUAUUUAAUCCAUUCCCCUCAAUUGGUUUGAUCUCACAUCCACCACCAUGCCCCGAAAGGUCUCCUUCUCGGAGGCCCAAAACCCCAACCACGAGAAACCCAUCCGACCGCCUUCCAUUUCCAUGGGAUUUCCCACCAGCGUCCCCAAGUGCCCGGCCACGGAAUCGCGCCCGCCUGCCAAUUACACCAACGACUACAUCGAGAAGCCGGGGGUCCCUCGCGGUAAUGCAGCAGCCUCAAUUGAUCGACCGGAGGGAGAUGAGGACUAUUCCAAGCGAUAUGGCGAAUAUACCCCAUUACAACAACACAUUCUCUUCUGGGACCGCGAUAGCGAUGGCCAAAUCUAUCCUUGGGACACAUACAAUGGAUUCCGCGAACUGGGAUUCAACAUUCUCUUCUCAAUCCUAGCCACGUUGAUCAUUAACCUGAACUUUUCCUAUCCAACUCGCUUGGCGCAUUCGUAUCUUCCGGAUCCGUGGUUCAGGGUUUACGUAGAUGGGAUUCAUAAAGCCAAGCACGGAUCCGACUCCAACACCUACGACCCCGAAGGCCGAUUCGUCCCACAAUCCUUCGAAAACAUGUUCGCCAAAUACGACCACGACGGGGACGGGGCAUUAUCUCUCCGGGAACUAUUCCAAAUGAUGCAUGGGAAUCGCUGUGCGGCAGAUCCCUUCGGGUGGGGAGCCGCCAUCUUCGAAUGGGGAACUACAUGGCUACUGAUCCACAAAGAAGGCCAGGUAUGGAAAGAGGACGUACGGGGGAUUUAUGAUGGCUCUCUAUUCUGGAAAGUUCGCGCCGCGAGAAUAUCCAUCCGGGGAUGGUCGCAGGGGUUGAGUAUUGGGGGUUCUAUUCGGGGGAUACUUAAGAUGUUGGUGGAUAGGUACACGGAUGAGUGAUCUUGAAUCUAUUGAGGACCUCAUGUCUGUGAAUUAUAUUCAUCAGAUAUUCAGCCACAGGACUUAUAGAUAAAUCCCAAGCCGAUACAUUUCUCAUGUUUAUCUACUUGAGCGUAGCCAAAACAUUCUCGUCGCUAGGGAUAUCGGCGAGUACCACUACAUAACAUUCCUCAAAUUUCUCCAUUCAAACCAGUUAGUAUACCACCCACAGGACCGUAAGUAUAAUUAUCCCUACCCAUGAAGACUAAUCCCAUCUCUACAGAAUAAAUAACUCG